AUGAUACGUUUCGUGGAAAAUCAAAACGGAAAUUGCCGUUUGUGCUCGGAACCAGACCAUAAACAGGAUAUGGUUGAAUGCGACGAUUGUGACCGAUGGUUCCACAUCGGUUGUGUUAACUUAACGGUCGCGCCGACAGCGGAAGAAAAAUGGAUCUGCCCGAAAUGCGUGCAGAUCCAACAAAGAUUAGCAUCAUUGGAAAUAUCUGCUCGGAAGAAAGAUGAGCAGAUAAAACAACAACUGGAUGCAAUGGACAAAUUAAUGGCGACUAUGAAAGGCCAAUGCUCAACGUCAUCCUCGGGCCAAGUAACAAAUCAGCCCACGGAUCGAUCAUUUACCCAAACAGUGAGUAUGUCUAGUGACUGGACUAUAUAUUUAAAGAGGCUAUCAUUGACGACCCUACCCAGAUUUUCUGGCGCAUCAAAGGAUUGGCCAAAAUUUAAGAAAACAUUCCAUGAUACAACGGCAGAGGGAGGUUUCUCAAAUUUAGAGAACCUCAACCGCCUGGAACAAGUUCUGAAAGGGGACGCGUAUAAAACCGUCCAACAAUUGAUGAUUAACUCAGAGAAUGUUCCGAAAAUAAUCGAAAAGCUGGAAGAAUGCUUUGGAAGGAAGGAUCUUGUAUAUAAAGAACUUCUGAACGACCUGAGACGUAUCAAAAAGGACAGCCGAACCGUAGUUCCGGAUAUAUCAGACGCACUAGAUAACAUGGUGGUGAAUAUGGAGGCGCUGGGCCAAAAGGAAUAUCUACGUGAUCAUCGUUUAAUAGAGGAAAUCAUAGAGAAGCUGCCAUACACGAUACAAGUGAAAUGGGUUGAAGUGAUCCAAAGCAACACUUCGAUCCCAACACUCAACGAUUUGAAUAAGUGGUUAUUGCCACAUUCAAGAAUAGCCCGUAUGAUGCCAAAGUCUAAUAACAGUGUGUCGACUACGGAAAGGAAACCUCGAGUUAAUGUUCAUCAAACUAUGAAAUGUGCACUUUGUUCAGCCAGUCAUAGGCUAUUCCAAUGUAAGAAUUUCAAACAAAUGAAAACAUUGGAACGUAGAGAGUUUUUGGCUAAAAAAGGAAUUUGUUUCAAGUGCCUAAACUCCAAUGACCACAUUAUGAGAAAUUGUAGCAUGAAAGGAAUAUGUGGAAUCGAUGGGUGCAACAAGGAGCACAAUCGCUUACUUCAUCAAAGAUCGGAGUAUAAAAGAAAUCAGGAUACGGCUGCUGACGUACGACGAGGUCCCGAAGAAACCACGAAUAUUCAUCGACAACGCAAGGAACACCUUUACUAUCAAAUAGUUCCUAUAACAGUCCAAAACGGCGAAAGAAUGAUAGACACCUACGCCUUCCUGGACACAGGAUCAUCAGUAACACUAUUGGACGAGAGAAUGGCUAACAUGUUAGAGUUGGAAGGAAAAGUUGACCCGCUUACAUGGACACAGGAUUGUUUAAAAUCCUGCUCAAGCAAGAGGGUAAAAUUCUGGAUAAAGGGCAUAGGAAAACCAGUGAUGGCCCGGACUAUGCAUGAUCUAAAUCUUCCUAUCCAAACAGUUGACAUGGAACAAAUUGCCAAGAAUUAUCCCUACUUGAAGGACAUUCCGCUUCAAGAUUAUAAGGAAGCUCAGCCUACAUUGUUAAUUGGAUUGGACAACAGCGAAUUACUGAGUGCCAUCAAAACGGUAAAAGGAAAUGGUCCUAUGGCAGUAAAAACGCGACUCGGAUGGGUGAUAUACGGAAAGGAGUAUAACAUAAACCGUCAAGAUUAUACAAUGGUCAUCCAGGAAGAACAGGAGAUGAGCAAAAUGAUGCAGCGAUACUUCUCAAUCGACGAUUUUGGAGUGAAAUUAGUGAAAAAACUGCCAAGAUCACCAGAGGAAGAAAGAGCACAACAGAUUCUCGACAACACCAUCAAGCUAAAAGACAACCGUUACGAGGUCGGUCUGCUAUGGAAAACCAAAGAUGUACAAUUUCCGGACAGCUAUCAUACAGCCUUACGGAGAUUGGUGAUUAUGGAGAAUAAAUUGAAACAAGAUGAAAAAUUGAAGGAUUGGGCUAUCAAUACCUUCGCUGAUUAUGUGAAAAAGGGAUAUGCUAGAAAACUAGCACAUUCAGAGCUAAUUAACGCGGUUCCGAGAACAUACUAUCUCCCGCAUUUUAUAGUUCACAACCAGAAUAAAAUACCUCCAAAACCAAGAUUGGUAUUUGAUGCAGCUUCAAAAAUAAAUGGCGUAUCGUUUAACUCUAAUCUUUUGUCUGGACCUGAUGCUACUACAUCACUCGUUGGAGUAUUGCUGCGAUUCAGAGAGGGACGUAUUGCAGUUUGUGGAGAUAUUCAAGAGAUGUUCCACCAAGUCAAAAUAAAACCGGAGGAUCAGCAUGCUCAACGAUUUUUAUGGCGAGAUUGUGAAAACAAUCGAGAACCUGAUGUAUACAUUAUGGAGGUAAUGAUUUUUGGAUCGACAUGUUCACCAUCAUGCGCGCAAGCAGUGAAAAAUAAAAACGCUGCAGCAUUUAUGGAAUCGAAACCGAAAGCAGCCCUGGCAAUUGAAAAACAACACUAUGUGGAUGACUAUCUGGAUAGUUUUACAAACAUUCGAGAGGCAACCGCUAUUACCAAAGACGUCAUCGAUAUACACCAACAUGGCGGAUUCUUCAUUCGAAACUUUAUAUCGAACAGUAAGGAAUUACUGAGCAAUUUAUCCAGCGAUCGGAUCCAAUCUACCGACAUUAAGGUAAUAGAGGAUAAGGAUUCAUGUGCUGAAAAAGUUCUUGGUGUCUAUUGGAACACGAAACUGGAUUUGAUCGGGUAUCGAUUAUCGUUGAAGAAGCUGAGCAAUGAAGUAAGACAAACGCUACGAUUACCCACGAAAAGAGAGGUGUUAGCAUUUGUUAUGAGUUUGUAUGAUCCAUUAGGAUUGAUAUCAAAUUAUACGAUAAUGGGAAAGAUUUUGCUUCAAGAGCUGCACAAAGACGAGUUAGACUGGGAUGAUGAAGUACCCAAACAUUUGAGCAAACAGUGGCAAAAUUGGCUUGCGAAAAUUCAACAAGCCUCUAACGUAAAAAUACCCAGGUGUAUAAUACCGGAUGGAGCAGGAAAAUUGGAGCUACAUACAUUCGUAGAUGCAUCUGAACGAGCAUACGCUGCAGUUAUAUACUUACGUUGUAUUGCAAACGGCUCGGUUUAUAUACGAUUAUUGGCAGCAAAGGCAAAAGUCGGACCUAUUCAUCAGUUGUCUAUUCCAAAAAUGGAACUACAAGCAGCCUUACUAGGAACCAGAUUGACAAAUACCAUUCAGAACGAGCAACGAAUUAAAAUAGAUAGUAUUACCUACUGGACAGACUCGGAAAAUGUUUUGUCAUGGUUACAACCGAAGAAUAGAAGAUAUAAAAUAUUCGUCACUCAUCGAGUUGCUGAGGUUUUAGAUACAACCAAUAUACAGCAAUGGCGUUAUAUACCGUCUGAAUUAAAUCCCGCCGACGAAGCUACAAAAGAUUUCAAAGGGCAAUCUAUAUGGACAAAAGGACCUCAAUUCCUUAAGAAGCCAGUGAUCGAAUAUCCUAACAGGAAGAUUAAGGAGUCAACGGAAGAGUUGAGACAAGUAGUGGGAUUGCACCAAACAAGUUCUAUAUUCAUCGGAAUCAAACGAUACUCCAGUUGGAAUGUGUUGUGA